GUCUGUGCUCAAACGUCGUUGUCGUUGACUCGUUCCCGUUCCGGCCGCUGUUGUUGUCAUUGCCGACUGUCUGUUCUCCAACUCCAAUAUUAUUCGGAAUUUCGGGAAGUUCGGUUGUGUUAAUCGCUGAAAGGUUAUCUAAACCAAAUAACAUUUUCGCUCCGUAAUACCACAUUCACACAACCGCGUCGCGUUAUUAUUAGCCUGAAAGUCGGUCUUGCUUGACACGUCUCACGCUUUCCGCUCGGCAUCCGGCUCUGUUUUUUCUAUUGUUGGUAUCCACUGAAAUGGUAGCAGAAUGAGCAACGGGGACGACGAAACUACAAACCACAUUGAAAAAGAAUACAUCAGGGUGGCGAACAAAAACGGAUGGCCCGGCAUGUACCAGAAGGUCUGCCGGGAGUGUAGCCAGUAUCCGUAUACGUUCAAUGAGGCGCGGCGGCUGCGGAACAAGCCUCUGAACCGGUACCGGGAUGUGAAUCCCUAUGACCACAGUCGCAUCAUCCUCAAGCGGUACGAUCUCGACUACAUCAAUGCCAACAUCGUGCGGCUCGAGCGCGCGAACCGCCGCUACAUCCUCACCCAGGGCCCGCUCAGCUACACCGUCGGCCACUUCUGGCUGAUGGUCUGGGAGCAGGGCAGCCAGGCCAUACUGAUGCUGAACAAGAUCAUCGAGAAGAGCGAGAAGAAGUGCCACAGCUACUGGCCGGAGGAAGUGGGAGAGGAACACCGUAUGGUGUUGGAAGAUGUGAACCUGACGGUCGAGCUGAUGAAUGAGAAGGACUUCCGCUACUACUCCACCAGGGAGAUCAAGAUCAUAGACGGCGAGAGCGGCGAAGAGCGCACGAUCACGCAGUACCACUACACCACGUGGCCCGACUUCGGCACCCCCGCCACGCCCGUGGAGCUUCUGAACUUCAUCAAGGUGGUGCGCGAGUCAGGCGUGCUGGACCCGGCCGUGGGGCCUCCCAUUGUGCACUGCAGCGCCGGCAUCGGCCGCUCGGGCACCUUCUGUCUGGUGGACUGCUGCAUGGUCAUCAUCGAGAAGGAGGGCAUCGAGAAGCUGGACAUCCUGCAGGUGCUGAUGGAGCUGCGCAAGGACCGCGCGGGGCUGAUCCAGACGCCGGACCAGCUGCGCUUCUCGUUCCAGGCCGUGCUGGAGGGGCACAAGCGUCUCGCUCCGGACUGGGUGGAACCGGACGCCGAGGACGCUGAUGAAGACGAGAUCUACGUGGACAUGAGCGAGAUGGAGGCGCCCGCGCCGCCGCCGCCGCCGCGCGCCGGCUCGCUCGCCGCGCCGCCCAGCAAGCCGCUGCCGCCGAUACCCAGCACCACAUCCAUGGGCAACCUCCAAUACUCGGCGGCAGACGGGUCGAGCUCGGACGAGUGUGCCCCUCCCCCGCCCCCCGCGCGCCGCCCCGCGCCCCCGCCGCCCCCCGGCCCCGAGGACCAGGAGCCCCUGCUCGACUCCGCUGAAACACCCCCCGAGAGUUUGGCUGAUGUGCCGUCCACGUCGGAGCUGCGCCGACGUCGCACCGAGGACCUGGCCGAGCGAGUGUCGGCCAUGAAGCGGAAGGCCAAGGAGGCCGACAACUGGAACUCACUCAAGAGGUGUAAAUCGGAGGACAGUCCUAGUAGCGAAACCGAAGACUGAGGAAGAUAGGUAAACAAAUAAAAUCUAGAUUAAUAUUUAUAAUUCGGUAUAAUAGUCCUGGUUCACGAAUCUGGGGGGUCACUAUAGAAAUCGCAUAACGUACAUACGAACAAGAGUUGUCACGCAAUCAGUACGGUUAAUUGGAGAGUCGUGGUUAGCGCUGCAGUUUUGUAUUUACUAAUUUCGAAGCGCUGCCCUAACCACGACUCUAUCUCAUUGUAUUAAGGGUACCGAUUACAUGAGAAAUCUCGUUUGUUCAUUCCCUCAAUUUGUAUAGUGACCCCUUGUAUUUUUAUUUUCUGAUUCUAAUACACAAUUCUUUGACUUUGUAAGCAGUAGUUGCAAUAAAUUAUUUAUACUUACCUAAUUAUAGAUUGGCUAGAUAAACAACUAUUCGAAAGAAAAGCUACAUUGAAGUGCCAAAGUGAUUGAUGAAACAAUGGCGAAUCGUUCUAUGAACCUUUACUGAGCUGCUAUCACUAGGUACAAUCAAUUUAAUUUUCACACCAGAAAUAGAUAUAAGUUAAAACUUCUUUUUACGAUAAUCACAAAAUUGCGUCACAUAAGUUAUCAUUUGUUAAGGAAGCCUAACUUCAUAGCCAAAGCUAGGCAAGUAGACACGAGUACCUAGGCAGGAUUGAUGGCACGAUCAACUAUUCGGAUGAACUACCACUGAGAUUCGUAAUAUGUAAUAUGCUGUUGCAAAAGGUAUUCAGAAGGGCUUGGGCACAGGGCGCAUUUGAGACGUGACAAAAGUUUUGCAUCGCGCAGAAAAAAGAGUGAUCGCGACGGAGAACUUUGUCACGUCGAUAUAGCGCACCGUGCUACAGGGCCAGGCAGUGGUAUAGACAGCCGAAAGUGAGUAAUGAGUCACCCCUUCGGCUAUUCCCUUUUUAGCACCGUGCAUUAUGAAGAUUAUCUAUAGUUCAUUGAGGAUGGUAAGUCAUUGAAAAACUAAAUUAGAUUAUAUUUAUUUUGGUCAGACCGGGACAUUCCUUGCUGUCUUAUUUAAUUUUCGUAAUUGCUAUAUAAUGUACCUAUCAGUAUUUUAUAACAUCACCCUUACUAAAUACCAACAUUACAUGUUUAGAAGCGUUGUUACAUUACAUUCUUAUAAAUUAGUAAUUUUGGAACUGUUCACCGACUUCGAGGUAGUAAUAAUAAUAUUUAUUUCGUUUGAUUAUUCUAUUUCUUGUUCAAAUUAGGUUUUUAAUACCUACCUACAUAAAGCAACAUUAUUGAAUUAUUAUUAAAUAAGCAGUGGAACCUACGAUACAAGUUUCAGUUCAACCGACCUAUGAACUUAUGUUUCCGAUUUUAAACGAAAGCGUUAUAUAAA